AUGAAUCCAGAUAACAAUUAUCUUAAGCCCAAAGUAAACACAAGAAGAUUCGAAGCUCAAAGUAAGAUCGUGGGUGGAUACGAAGCCAAACCAUAUAGCCAUCCGUACCUGGUAUCACUUCAGACCAGGUUUCUUUGGGUGAGAGUUCACAACUGUGGUGGAGCCAUACUCAAUGAGAGAUGGGUGUUGUCAGCUGCUCACUGCGCUGUAGAAUCAUGGCUGACAAGAUGGCUGCCACUGGAUGUGGUCGCCGGUAUACAUGACAUCGACAAGUUCGGAAACCAGGCUCAAAUCAUCAGAAUCAAUGAACGACUACCCCAUCCUUUAUAUGAAGGAGGUAUCGGGCCAUACGACGUCGCAGUUUUCGGUACUGCAUCUCCAUUCAGAUUCACGAAAUAUGUCCAACCUGUCAAUCUUCCUACUAACUUCAAAAUUGACGGUGGACCAAUGAAGCUAGCCGGUUGGGGUGUGCUAAAAACCACAGUCUUUAUACCAGCCUUACCUAGCAAGCUCCAAGAAGUCAAAGUUACUUAUAUUCCUUACGAAGAAUGCUACGAAGCCAUAGAAAAACUAAAAGAAGAUUACGAAGAGAACCCACUAGAUAGAAACGCGAAUAUUUGCACGGGACCCAUAACGGGAGGUGUAGCUGCUUGUAGCGGAGAUUCAGGGGGUCCUCUCAUACAAUACAUACCAAAUAGCAUUCUGGACCCCAAUGAUCCAGUCGAAGAUAAUACUGAAAAAUAUGAUGCUAGUAAUUAUAACUGCACUAAUGAUGGAGGAACUACUACUACUGAAUCAGCAACAACUACAGAAGCUACCAAAAGAAAAGAAAAACAGUCCAUGGAUGAAUUUAUUCCUACUGUUGUAGGAAUUGUGUCUUGGGGUGUUUCCCCUUGCGGAGAGAAAGGAGCUCCUACAAUUUACACUAAUGUAUCCACCUACUUAGAUUUUAUUAAUUAUAACGUUAAGGAUCUAUUUUAA